AUGACUGUUCUCACCAACUGCGCCGGUGUGCUCCUCCUAGCCUCCUGCGGUAUUUGGUGGGAAGCUAACCACCAUCUGGAAUCCCUUGACAUGGCUGCAAAGAUCAAGGUCGGUGUGGUCCACUUCCUUGUACUUGUUGGCGCAGCCUUGAUGGCCAUGAAUAUCAGCGUACUAAGUGGUAGAAUGCAAGCCUACAUCGCUUGCGGAUGCUGGGGAGUAGCAUGGCUAGCAGCUUUUGCACAAGCGAUCAUGAGCAUGAAGGCCCAUGGCGGUUUUGGAGAGCCUACUCAAAAGGUCGGUCCCAGCUGA